AUGUUUGCCUUGCUCCCCUCCCCUUCAAGUGGCCGAUCCGACUCAGGCCUCCCGUCCGGAUCUGCCUCUUGGGCAGAUCCCAAGAGGCAGAUCCGGUGGACAGAUUUCACUCGGCUCCAUCCAAAGCGUACUCUUACUCCAGUUGCUAUUUCUCAGACCUUCAGUAGCACGUACGAAUUCGCCUCAUCUUCAGAGCGCCUAGGCUCUGAUUCUCAUGCCUGCAGAUAUUAG